AAGAGAAAAAGUAAAAGGAAAGGAAAGAGAGACCAAAAUGGGCGUUGGAUGAGCGAAAGAAUUGCGUGGAAAAUUAGUCCCAUAGAUUCAUUCACUUCCCACUCUCCACUCUCCAAUAACACUUCGCUCACUUUCCUCCCUCCCCCACCGCCGCUGCCGCCUCCGUCGGCGCAUUGAUUCCACCGAAUGGGCUGCGCAGCUUCGAAGGUAGACCAUGAAGACACUGUGCGGCGGUGCAAGGAGCGCCGCCGUCUCAUGAAAGAGGCCGUCUAUUCUCGCCACCACUUGGCCGCCGCACACGCUGAUUACUGCCGCUCUCUUCGCCUUACCGGCUCCGCUCUCUGUGCCUUCGCUGCUGGCGAACCUUUCUCCGUUUCCGACCAAACCCCCACUGUCUUCCUUCACAAUACCCAAAACCCUCCCCAGCUACAUAAGCCGCAGCGGCGUGUUUUUAGUACGAAUUCCGUCCCGCCGAGUGUUCCGUCGCCGUCUCCUUCUCUUCAUCCUCCUCCAGCGCCGCCAUCGUUUUCAUCCUCUCCGUCGCGCACCAUAGCGAGCUCCAAGCUCCCGCAUAUCCUCUCUGCGUCGAGUAUCUCGUCUUCCGUUUCACAGCGGCAACACCGCCGCCGUAAACAGAUGCCAAAGCUUCCUCAUAUUCUCUCUGAAUCGGAUCCUUCUUCUUCACCAAGGAGUGAGAAAUCUGGCUUUUCUGCUUUUUUUCCCACUGCUUAUCCUAACUCGACUUACUCCAGUACUCCUUCUCAAGCCUCCUCUGUCUGGAACUGGGAGAGUUUCUGUCCUCCAUCUCCACCUCCCUCCGAAUUUUUCCAGAGUCGAUCCCGAACUCAGGUACAACCGAAGCCUCAUCGAAACGACGGUUACAAUGAUUACGACGACGAAACGGAGCAAUCGGAGUACAACUUCUUCCACAGUAAAUCCGAGGGAAAAAAAGACGACGCUCAUCAAUUCCAGCAACAGAAGCAUCACCACGACGACACGGAGACGGAAAGAGAAGAGGUUCAAUGCAGUGAUUGGGGGGAUCACUACAGCACCACCAGCUCAUCGGACAUUGAUGAGAUUGACGGUACAGACGCCGAUUUGAGAUCAGAGGCUGAUACUCGGUCAAAUUUCGAAUCCACGAUCCGAACAGAGUCAGUCGCGCCCGAACCAGUGACUCCUCCUCCACCAGCCAAAUACACGACGCAGAUGGAGAAGUUCAACGACGCUGGUUCCUUCGCCGAAAGCUUCCGGACGGGUGAGAUCUCGGACCUAAGAAUGGUUGUGAGGCACAAAGAUUUGAGGGAAAUUGUUGAAGCUCUCAAAGAGAACUUCGAGAAGGCGGCUGUAGAAGGAGAUUCAGUCUCGAAGAUGCUAGAGAUUAGCAGAGCACAGAUGGAUAAGAGUUUCCGACAGCUGAAAAAGACGGUGUACCAUUCGAGCAGCGUGUUGAGCACCUUGAGCUCGACCUGGACCUCGAAACCGCCAUUGUCGGUCAAGUACCGGCUCGACAUCGGUUCGCUCGACCAACAGGGCGGUUCGAAGAGUCUCUGUUCGACAUUGGACCGGCUCUUGGCUUGGGAGAAGAAGCUCUAUGAGGAGGUGAAGGCUAGAGAAAGUGUGAAGAUUGAACAUGAAAAGAAGUUGUCAUCAUUGCAGAGUCAGGAGUACAAAGGGGAGGAUGAAAUCAAGCUAGAUAAGACGAAGGCUGCUAUAACUAGAUUGCAGUCACUAAUUAUUGUCACGUCUCAGGCUGUCAAUACAACUUCAACUGCCAUAGUUGGUCUAAGAGAUUCGGAUCUUAUUCCUCAGCUUAUUGAACUUUGCCACGGGUUUAUGUACAUGUGGAGAAAAAUGCACCAGUACCAUGACAUCCAGAACAACAUUGUGCAACAGGUUCGAGGCCUCGUUAACCAAACAACUCAUGGCGACUCUACUUCUGAAUUGCACCGCCAGGCGACCCGUGAUCUCGAAUCGACCAUCUCAGCUUGGCACUCCAGUUUUUGUCGCUUGAUUAAGUUCCAACGUGACUUUAUCCGAUCCCUCCAUGGUUGGCUUAAACUCUCCUUUCUUCCAGUCAACAAUGACAACUACGCUGACAACAAGGAACCUUCUGAGGUAUUUUGUGACCAGUGGAAGCUCGCUCUGGAUCGUGUCCCCGACACGUUUGCUUCCGAGGCAAUCAAUGGUUUUGCCAAAGUCGUUCAUGUGAUAUCUGAAAAACAGACUAUAGAGAUGAAGAUAAAAAAACGUACUGAAACAGCAUCAAGGGAAUUUGAGAAAAAAUCCGCAUCAAUCAUGAACUUAGAGAGGAAGUUUUACAACUCUUACUCCAUGGUUGGCAUAGGACUUCCAGACACAGGGCCCGACAAUGGGCAUAUUCUAGAUGCUCGGGAUCCUCUAGCCGAGAAGAAAGUCGAGCUGGUCGCUUGCCACAAACGAGUUGAAGAAGAGAAGAUAAACCAUUCCAAAGCAGUAGAAGUGACAAGAGCACUGACGCUUAACCAUCUCCAAACUGGAUUGCCAGGGGUAUUCCAGGCCUUGACCAACUUCUCGGCAUUGUUCACGGAGGCGCUCGAGUCGGUUUGUACUCAUUCUUAUUCUGUGAAAUAGACACCAUUUUGUUCCCCCUUGUGGUCUAUCUUUUUGUUGCAGAAAGAUAAUGGAGUUGGAACAAGGGCUGAAGGGAUUUUCUUUAGAUGAGGAAGGGUGGAAAAGGCUCUGAGAUAUUAUAUCAUUAUUGGUAAGUAAGUAAGUAAGUAAUACAUUUUGGGGAAUUAUAUUAAGCUGUAAAUAUCUGGAAUUUUUGAACUAUGAUCCUUUUUCCUUUGUUUGUUGGGGCUAAACAAAAGAUUUGCCUGUAUAGGAAAUUGCUUGGUUUGUUGUAUCAAAUUCACAUUUUCAGCCAAAUUAAUAAAUACAAAGCAUCUUGCUUUUCUUCCA